CACACAUUCACCUUUUUUCUGCUCUUUCAUCUCAUUUUUUGUCAUCUUGUCCAGCUGGCCCUGAACAAUAAUCAGUCUCCGCGAAAAUCAUCUCUCCUUGCAUCCAUCGUAUCCAGAUCUACUUCUCCCGUCAUCAUCGGCAUCUCCAUCCUCACCCUCACUCCGAAAGGCUGCACUCCCCCUUCCUCCCUGAACCAACGGCUGGCACUUUUCACACAUCGCCAAUUCACAUCUGCACCUGGACUUUGCCAGGAAGACAUUCACCUUCAUAGCCAUGCAACACUACGACAACGAACAGGAUCACCCCCUCAACUCCACCUACUAUCAGGACUCAUUCUCACACGAUAACUCUUUCAGCCCUUCUCAUAACGACUACAGCCAGACCCAGGCCAACCAAACCCCUACUUAUCACCAGCCCUCUGGCUUCCAUAAUGCCACCCCCCAGCAGAUAGAGCAGUUGCAGCUUCAGAGGCAGCACCAGGAACGACUACAGGAACAGAUUCAAACUGAGGACUCUAUCCGGAUGCAACAGCAUCGUGUUGCUCGGCCCGCCGCGGCCGCUUCAGUCCAGGAUCAGCGUGUAUCUGAAAAUAAACCUCCCAACUACUAUGCGUAUCCACCACAGCCCAAUGCCUCGUUGACCUCUCUGGACGAGGAGCAGCUUCCGUCUCUGAAGACACGCUUCACCAAUUUGUUCAACUUCCCCUGCUCAACCUACGGAAAGGCGCUGAUGCUCGUCAUUGCGCUCGAGGCGUUGCUUGUUAUCAUAAUGCAGGUCGUUAUCGUCGUCAAAUAUUUCCAUGCCCUGCGGGACACGCCUCUGUUGCCCGAGCCCGGCGAUGAACCACAACCACCCCACCUCGAUUCCAGGAACCAGUCUCGCUCGAUUCCUGCGUAUCUGAUGGUCUUUGUAUUCGCCCAACUUUUUCAGCUUCUCCUAGCAUGGGAUGCGGUCCGAGCACAAAACACGAUCGAGAUGAUUGCCAUUGUCAUCUUCAAUUUCUGCUGUUUCGCCUACUCGGUCUUUGAAAUCAGUCAGACCAAGACCUCGCUGGAUACGAGCAGCGCGUUCUUGGUCCCCGAAUGGACAGCAGAGGACCUGUUGAAUUCACUAAAGCCAUUCUUGAUCGUCGUGGCCGUCGUGAUCUGCUUGACCCAGUGCAUCGUCACCUGGCUGGCCUACCAGCUUUUCCAGGAAUUCGGAUGGAAGAUUUACAAAAAGAUUGGCGCGGAUCCCAACAUGAAGAAAAUGUAUCGUGCCUAUCAAAUCUAUCUGGUUCUGAUCAAGGUCGACCUGUUCUUCUUCGUCGGAUUCUCGAUCCAGUUCAUUUACCUGACCUUGACCAAGCGAACGACCGAUCCAGAAUACUGGCUGACGAUCAUUGUGCUACCAUUGACGCCCAUGAUCCUUUACAUCGCUCUGUAUGCGGUCCGACAUGAGAGUAGAAGAUGGAUGUCGACAUUCAUUGUGGCGAUGCUCUGUGGUGUUGCCUACUUUGUGUUCAAGGUGAUCCGGAUGUAUGUCGGCGACAAGCAGAAGAAUUAUAACGGAGUCAACAAGUUUCUGACGUUGUUUGCCGCAUUAUGUCUAGUAACCAUCCUAGUUACCAUCUCCAAUGCGGCCGUCUGUUACCGCAACUUUGACAAGGGUCUCAAACCUCAGAUUAUGCGCGAGUCGCGCGAGCUUCCAAACUCGACCUUCAGUACCGGAGGACGCGUCUUGGAGAUCGAUUGAACAUCUCCGUUCUAUGAUACCAUCCCAAAAAAAAAAAUAAUAAUAAUACUAAUAAAAUAGAAUUUAAUGUUGGG